AUGUUCUUAUUUUGUAAAAGUCUUAAACAUUUGAAGGGGGAGCUUAAGACCUUUAAUAAAGAGAACUAUUCUGACAUUUCAAAGAGAGUGAAGAAGGCUGAAUGCAAGCUUAAGGUUGUUCAAUCGAAGUUGCUCAAUGGAGAAGAGUCUACUGAUCUUUUGGCUGCUGAACAAGAUCUUUAUCAUUCUUAUACUGAACUUAGAAGUGCAAAAGAAGCUUUUUUCAAGCAAGAAGCUCUUGUGAGAUGGCUUUCGUUGGGGGAUAGCAAUACUGGUUAUUUUCACAAGAUUGUCAAGGCUAGGAGAUCUAGUCACACUAUAAAGGUCAUCUUUACUGAAAAUGGCAUCAAACUUGAGGAUCUUACUGACAUAUCUAAUGAAGCUGUUGGGUUCUUCCAGCGACUCUUGGGGACCAAAGAUCCAUCUGUAAUUGGUGUUGAUAUUUCAACUCUUCAGUACAUUCUUAAUUUUAGGCUUACCUUGGAGCAGGCUGCUCAGCUUUCAAGACCUGUUACUGAGGUAGAGAUUAAGGAAGUGUUAUGGAGUAUGGAUAGCGACAGUGCUUCAGGCCCAGAUGGAAGCAUUGGUGAUAACAUUCUCCUAGCACAUGAACUGGUGAAAGGGUAUGAUAGGACGGGUGCUAGUCCUAGAUGUGCUAUCAAAGCAGAUAUAAUGAAGGCCUUUGAUUUUGUUGAUUGGAAUUUUUUGAGAUGCAUCUUUGAAGCCAUUGGUAUUCCCACUAUAUUUGCCACUUGGGUGUUUGAAUUCAUAAUGGGAUCUCGAUUUUCUGUGCUUGUUAAUGGUGGUUUACAAGGCUAUUUUAAUGGUCUUAAGGGACUAAGACAAGGAGAUCCUUUGUCUCCUUACUUGUUUGUCAUGACUAUACAAGUUCUCACUAAGAUAUUGGAUAAAGUAGCUAUUAAUGGUCUUAUAGCUUACCAUCCAUUUUGUAAAAAGAUUCAGCUGACUCACCUUGGGUUUGCUGAUGAUCUUUUGAUUUUCAUGAAAGGAGAGCUUAAUUCCAUCAAGGCUGUUCUUGACAUCUUUGAUAUGUUCUAUGAAAUGUCUGGACUGAGAUUAAAUCCAGCUAAAACUAAGAUCUUUUGUGCUGGGAUGGAGGAGCAAACUAUCAAACACAUUUUGAACUUAAGUGGUCUCAAGAGGGGUUCUUUGCCAGUCAGAUAUUUGGGAGUUUCACUCAUUGCGGACAGAAUAAUAGACAAGGAUUGUAAACCACUUAUUGAGAAGAUUACUUGUAGGCUUCAACUUGUUAAAUCCGUAAUUCAUUCCCAAGUGAAUUUCUGGUGUUGUGCUUUUGUUUUACCUAAGAAAGUUUUGAAGAAAAUGGAGCAAAAGCGUAAGGCUUUCCUUUUAAAGGAAAAGAUGGAGAUGCAAGGUGCAAAGGUGGUUUGGGAUAAGGUCUUCCUACCAAAGGAUGAAGGUGGUUUGGGUGUUAAAGACUUUUACACCUGGAAUCUAUCCUGUAAUAUGAAGUUGAUAUGGUUGCUUUUUCAGAAGGCUGGUUCUCUUUGGAUUGCCUGGCUGAAUAACUAUAUGGUAAAAGGAAUGAGUAUUUGCAGUUUGAAAAUUCCAAAUGGCAGUUCUCAUGCAUUGAGGAAACUCCUAAAGAUCGUAUCACUAUUUUAUCCCUUUCUCAAACAUGAAAUUGGUGAUGGUCAGUCAACAUUCUUCUGGUUUAAUAAUUGGACUGAUAGGAGUCCCUUAUUUGUUGAAGGUUCCUUGUAUGACAUUCCCUGUGAUGCCAAGCUUGCUGAUGCUUUGAAUAAUUUCGUCUUGACCAACAUAGUAAGUAGUGAAGAAAGGAGGAGAGGUAUUCAACAACUGAUGACGUCUACGACUGUGAUACCCAAGAAGCAGGAUGAAAUUAUUUGGUGUGCAACUAGGAAAGGGAAGUUUUCCAUUUCUGGGACCUGGAAUGAGUUGAGGAAUAAAAGUGGUAAGGUUAUUUGGUACAAGUUGGUCUAG